AUGUUGAAAAAGUUGUCUUGCGGUUUCGGCGGAGGAUACGAGCGGUUGGAUAGUGUCGGAGCAGCUUCAAAGAAGUGCCCCGAGAAGAAUUUGGUCUUGGCGAAACCAGAGACGAUAGGCGAGAUUCGCCUACAUCACAAACACCGCCCAUCACCUCCACCAUCUACCACCACCACCACCACCACCUGCCGUCGUCACCACCGGCCACCAACCUCCGCCGACCACCACCACCGUCCUCCGCCGCCACCGCCGCCCGCCGCCAUCGACUACCAUCGCUACCACCUGCCAUCGCAAACCACCGCCACCCCGACCACUACCGCCACUCUCCGCCGACCACCACCACCAUCCUCCGCUGCCACCACCCGCUAUUGUCGACCACGGCCACCCAUCGUUGUUGACGCCACCACCACCAUCGACCACCAUCGCCGCCGCCCGCCACCACCGACCAUCGCCACCACGACCACUACCUCUACCCUCCGCCGGCCACCACCACCAUUCUCCGCGGCGACCUCACGCUACUGUCGACCACCGCCACCCACCGUCGUCGCCGCCUCCACCAUCGACCACCAUCGCCACCACCCGCAACCACUGACAAUCGCCACCCCGACCACUACUGCCACCCUCCGCUGA